UCCUUUUUCUUCCUCCUCUUCUUUCCCUUCUUCAGUCUUUCGCCCCCUUUCACUCCCAGGGCUUCUCCCCGAGCCUCCGCGGCGGCCAGGGGGCGGGCUCUGCAGCCUCUUUGUUGCGCGCGGACCAAGGCCCCGGCCGGACCGGGAGCCCCGAGUCCCCGGCGGCACCGGCGCCGCACGCGCGGGGGGACCGGGCGGGUCGGAUCCGGAGCCGGGACCCGGCGGGAGCUCGCGAACCCACGGACCGGGGAGCGCGCGGAGCGGCCGGCAUGUCCCGCCCCAGACCCCGCGCCCCCCGCAGCCGCGCGCUGCUGCGCCCCCUCCUUCUGCUGCUGUGCGCGCUGGCGCCCGGCGCCCCCCAAGCCGCACCAGGACUCACCCCGGCCGAGAGCCGGGAGGAGGCGCGAGACAUCGUGCACCCGGUGCGCGUGGACGCGGGGGGCGCCUUCCUCUCCUACGAGCUGUGGCCGCGCGCGCUGCGCAAACGCGCCCUGGCCGAGGACGGCGCGGCCUACGCCUUCUACCAGCUGCAGUUCCGCGGGCACGACCUGCGCCUGCACCUGGGGGCCACCCCGGACCUGCUGGCGCCCGGCUUCGUGAGCGAGACGCGCCGGGCCGGCGGCCUGGGGAGCGCGCACAUCCGCAGGGCCGUGCCGCCCGCCUGCCACCUGCAGGGCCAGGUGCAGAGCCCGGAGCAGGAGGGCGGCCUGGCGGUCAUCAGCGCCUGCGACGGCCUGAAAGGUGUGUUCCGGCUCAACAACCAGGACUACUUCAUCGAGCCCCUGCAAGGUGCCCAGGCCCAGCCCGGGAGCGCCCUGCCCCACGUGGUGUACCAGCACCCAGCUUCCCAGGGGCAGGCGGAGCAAGGCACCUGCGGGGUGCAAGGGCCCCUGGAGCGGGAGUUCUGGCAGCGGGCCGGCGGGGACCAGCCGAAGCGGCAGCGGCGAUACCAGAGCUCGGACAGCAGGGAGAAGUGGGUGGAGACCCUGGUGGUGGCGGACGCCGACAUGGUGCGGCACCACGGGCAGCCCCAGGUGGAGAGCUACGUGCUGACCAUCAUGAACAUGGUGGCCGGCAUUUUCAAGAACCCCAGCAUCGGGAACCCCAUCCACAUCACGGUCGUGCGCCUGAUUAUGCUGCAGGACGAGGUGAAGGACCUGAAGGUCACGCACGAGGCGCACAGCACCCUGAGCACCUUCUGCGAGUGGCAGAGGCGGCUCAACAUGGACGACGACUCUCACCCGCUGCACCACGACAUGGCGGUGCUGAUCACCAGGAAGGACCUGUGUACCAACAAGGACCAGCCCUGUGAGACCCUGGGCCUGGCCCACGUGGGGGGCAUAUGCCAGCCCCACCUCAGCUGCAGCAUCAGCGAGGACUCCGGCCUGCCCAUGGCCUUCACCGUGGCCCACGAGCUCGGGCACAGCUUGGGCAUCGUGCACGACGGGGUCGGCAACGAGUGCGACACGCAGGGGACACAGCCCUUCAUCAUGUCGCCGCAGCUGUUCUACCACUCCCUGCCCCUCAACUGGUCCCAGUGCAGCCGCGAGUACAUCACCCGCUUCCUCGACCGUGGCUUCGGCACGUGCCUGGAUGACCCGCCUGCCAGGGACGUCAUCCCUCAGCCCUCGCUGCUGCCCGGGGUCCUGUAUGACGCCAACCACCAGUGCCGCCUGCAGUACGGGGCCGGCUCCGUGUACUGCACAGACCUGGAUAACCCCUGCGGGAUGCUCUGGUGCUCCGUGCUCCGCGCCUGUCAGACCAAGAAGGACCCAGUGGUGGACGGCACCCCGUGCGGGAAUCAGAAGUGGUGCCUGGGCGGGGAGUGCGUGCCGUUGGACGUGCAGCCCGAGGUGGUGGACGGCAGCUGGUCGGGCUGGAGCGCCUGGUCCACCUGCUCGCGGAGCUGCGGAGCGGGCGUGCAGGGCUCGGAGAGGCAGUGCACAGAGCCUGAGCCCAAGAACAGGGGCAGGUACUGCGUGGGCGAGCGGAAGCGCGUGCGCCUCUGCAACGUGCAGAACUGCGCCCCGGGCAGCCCCUCCUUCCGCGCCGUCCAGUGCGGCCACUUCGACUCCACGCUCUACAAGGGCCGGCGGUACAAGUGGGAGCCCCAGCUGACCGACCUGACCCCCUGCGAGCUGCACUGCAAGCCCGAGGGCGAGUCCUUCAGCGACAGGUUCCGGGACGCCGUGCUGGACGGCACGCCCUGCUACGAGGGCCGCCGGGGCAACCGAGACGUCUGCAUCAACGGCAUCUGCCAGAACGUGGGCUGCGACUAUCAGAUCGACUCCCGCGCCGUGGAGGACCGCUGUGGCGUGUGCGGGGGCAACGGCUCCACCUGCCACACCCUGAGCUGGGUGUUCCAGGAAAAUGGGCCCAACGGGUACGUGGACGUGGGGCAGAUCCCGGCCGGCGCCCGUGAAAUCCUGAUCAAGGAGGUGGCCGAGUCCACCAACUUCCUGGCCCUUCGGGGCGGGGACCCGGGGAAGUACUACCUCAACGGAGGCUUGAAGAUUCAGUACGUUGGCGACUACCAGAUCGCAGGCACCACGUUCACCUACGAGCGCGACGGCAACUUGGAGAAGCUCACGUCUCCGGGCCCCACCAAUGAGUCCAUCUGGAUCCAGAUGCUGUUCUAUGAGAACAACCCCGGGUUGUACUACGAGUACACCAUCCACCAGGAAGCGAGCCCCCCGGGCGUGGCGUCCGAGUUCUCCUGGGCCUACGGGGCCUGGACCGAGUGCCCGGUCACCUGCGGCAGAGGCAUACAGAAGCAGACCGUGCACUGCACCGAACGGCUGCACGGGACUGUGGACAGCAGAUACUGUGAAUUCCUGGGCCCGCCCGAGGACCGCCAGAGGAUAUGCAGCCAGGAGCCCUGCCCCGCCAUGUGGUGGGCCGAUCGGUGGCACCCUUGCUCCAGAUCCUGCGGGCCCGGGGGCGUCGCCCAGCGGACCGUCUACUGCCUCCGCAGCCUGGGGCUGGGAUCCUUCAUGGCCCUGACGCCCUCGGACUGCCGGCACCGGCCGCGGCCUCCGGCCGUAAACCCCUGCAAUGACCACGUGCCCUGCCCGGCCAGGUGGGCCUUCGGGCAGUGGACGGAGUGCUCCGCGACCUGCGGGCCGGGCACGCAGCGGCGAGCCGUCGCCUGCACCCAGGACACCGGCGUCCCCUGCGACGAGGCCCAGCGGCCGCCCAGCCAGGCGCCGUGCCUCCUGCGGCCCUGCCUGCAGAAGCUGGACGUCCCAGACCCCGACGGCUCCGGCGGUGGCGGCAGCGGCUUCCUCGGCCUGGAGCUGGACAACGAGGUGGACUCCGGGCCCCGCUCCCCGACCCACCGCCCGCCUGCGCCCCCGCUGCCGCCCGCGGGGCCCACCGGCCAGGACAACGCCAUCGGGGAGGACGGGCCGGGGCUGGGCCCGCCGGGGCCCGCGCUGGUCGACGACUUCUACUACGACUACAACUUCAUCCGGUUCCACGAGAACCUGUCCCAGGACGAGGACGAGGAGCUGGGCCUGGACCCCGUGGGCCCGGGGGACCGGCCCUCCCCCCCCCCACCCCGGGGCGGCCCCGCCGAGCCCCCCACGAUGCCCCCCGCCCCUGGGCCCAGCCCGGCCGGCCCCCACCUGCCCCCGCUUUCGGGCCAGACGCCCUGGGACCCCCUGCUCAACUUCUUACCCGAGGGCGAUGCCCCCACGGGGACCCCGGCCCUGGGGCUCCCCAGCUCACCCUGGCCCCCCGCUUCUGUGGGCGCGACGCCUGCCACCCCUGGGGGCCACCAGGAGUCCCCGGCCCCCAGCCGGCCGCCCCGGCCGCGGUGGGAGAGCACCAACGAGGUCCCGGAGGACGAGGACGGCGCCCUAGGGCCCCUGGGCCUGCCCCUGCCGGGGAUCCCCGAGUCAUCCCCUUUGUCCUCCACCCACCCCUCGCCAAGGCCUGACUCCGAGGAGCUGUGGCCCCCCGUGGGGUCUGCUCCUCCCCCGGCCUCUCUGCCUGGCGCUCAGCCCGGCCCGGCCCCACGGGACCUGCAGACCCCAGCCGUGCCCGGGGACCGAGAGCCUGGGGCCACCCCCCUGAGCCCAGCGGGGGACAGGCCCUCUGACAGCAGCAGAGGCCCCUUGGGCCCGCCGCCGACCAGGAAUGCCAGCUGGGAAGUGGGAGACUGGAGCCAGUGCUCCACCACCUGCGGCCUGGGUGCCUCCUGGAGGCUCGUGCGCUGCAGCUCUGGCCGCGAGGAGGACUGUGCGCCCGAGGGCCGCCCGCAGCCCGCCCGCCGCUGCCACCUGCGUCCCUGCGCCACCUGGCACGCGGGCAACUGGAGUAAGUGCUCCCGCAGCUGUGGCGGGGGGUUCUCGGUGCGGGACGUGCAGUGCGUGGACACGCGGGACCUCCGGCCGCUGCGGCCCUUCCACUGCUGGCCGGGGCCCGCCCAGCCGCCCGCCCGCCAGGCCUGUGGGAUGCAGCGCUGCCUGAGCUGGUACACCUCCUCCUGGAGGGAGUGCUCAGAGGCCUGCGGAGGGGGCGAGCAGCAUCGCCUGGUGACCUGCCCCGAGCCCGGCCUGUGCCCCGAGGCGCUGAGGCCCAACUCCACGCGGCCCUGCAACACGCACCCCUGCACCAAGUGGGCGGUGGGGCCCUGGGGCGAGUGCUCGGCCCCCUGCGGGGGAGGGGUGCAGCGCCGGGUGAUCCGCUGCGUGAACACCCACCUGGGGCUGCCCGAGGAGGACAACCGGCAGUGCGGCCACGAGCCCUGGCCCGACAGCGCCCGCCCCUGCGGCACCCGGGACUGCGAGAUCUCCGAGCAGCGGCAGCAGCGGGGCUGCGAGCUGGACCGGCUGCCCUUCGGCUCCUGCGAGAGGCUGCGCCUCCUCGGCCGCUGCCGGCUGCCCAGCAUCCGCGCCCGGUGCUGCCUCACCUGCCACGGCUGAGCCGCCCCCGGCCGGCGACCGGCAGACCGACCGACCGACCGAUGGACAGACCACUGACAGCCGCACGGACCUCAGUGCCACCUCCCCCGAACCCCCUUCGCGCCCCGAUGGUGCUACCCCCCCCCCCCCCCCCCCCGCGGGCUGGGGACCCCCUCAGACAGGUGUCUU